AUGGAUUUUAUUGCUGUUACCGCAUAUCAGAAUCAGAAGACAAUUAAGUUGAAAAUUAAAUACAAUCCAUUUGCAAAAGGUUUCCGUGAAGGCAAUGAACGUAAACGUUGUUCAGAAAGUCCCGGCUUAUUACCGUCACCGACAAAUGGUGUUAAAAAAUUGAAAUCUGAAGCCGUUGAACAACAACACCACCACCACCAACAACAACAACAACAGCAGCAACAGCAGUCAAUUAAUGCAAAAAAGUUUAGCACCCAACUUGCACUACCAUCUUCGCCAGUUUUUCCACCCUUUAAUCCAUACACCAUUCCACGUCCAACUUGGCCCUAUUCAGUAUGGAAUUUUAGUCCAAUAAUGCCUUCAGUUAGUCCAUAUGCCUUAAGUCCAGCAUUAGCAUCAUAUGCAUUUAAUACAUCGUUUGGUUCAUAUCCCAUUUAG